AUGAGGGACCUCCACAAGUGUAGCGUGCUGGGGAGCGAGCCCGGCAGCCCGAUGUCAUGGCGCCCGCAGUACCGCAGCUCCAAGUUCCGGAACGUCUACGGGAAGGUGGCCAGCCGGGAGCACUGCUUCGAUGGCAUCCCCAUCACCAAGAACGUCCACGACAACCACUUCUGCGCCGUCAACGCCCGCUUCUUGGCCAUCGUCACCGAGAGCGCCGGCGGCGGCUCCUUCCUCGUCAUCCCCCUCGAGCAGACAGGCCGGAUCGAACCAAACUACCCCAAAGUCUGUGGUCACCAGGGCAACGUGCUGGACAUCAAGUGGAACCCCUUCAUUGAGAACAUCAUCGCCUCGUGCUCCGAAGACACCUCGGUGAGGAUCUGGGAGAUCCCAGAGGGCGGCCUGAAGAGGAACAUGACGGAGGCCGUCCUGGAGCUGUACGGGCACAGCCGGCGCGUGGGGCUGGUCGAGUGGCAUCCCACCACCAACAACAUCCUCUUCAGCGCCGGCUACGACUAUAAGGUCCUCAUCUGGAACCUGGACAUCGGGGAGCCAGUGAAGAUGAUCGACUGCCACACGGACGUCAUCCUCUGCAUGUCCUUCAACACUGAUGGCAGCCUCCUGGCCACCACCUGCAAGGACAAGAAGCUGCGGGUGGUGGAGCCGCGCUCCGGCAGGGUCCUGCAGGAGGCCAGCUGCAAGAACCACCGCGUCAACCGGGUGGUGUUCCUGGGCAGCACGAAGCGGCUGCUGACCACGGGGGUCUCGCGCUGGAACACGCGGCAGAUCGCGCUGUGGGACCAGGAAGACCUGUCCAUGCCCCUGAUCGAGGAGGAGAUCGAUGGGCUCUCGGGUCUCCUCUUCCCUUUCUACGAUGCUGACACACACAUGCUGUACCUGGCUGGCAAGGGUGACGGCAACAUUCGGUACUACGAGAUCGGCUCAGAGAAGCCCUACCUGAGUUACCUGAUGGAGUUUCGCUCCCCCGCCCCCCAGAAAGGACUGGGGGUGAUGCCGAAGCACGGGCUGGACGUGUCGGCCUGCGAGGUCUUUCGUUUCUACAAGCUCGUCACCCUCAAGGGGCUGAUCGAGCCCAUCUCCAUGAUCGUGCCGAGGAGGUCAGAAACGUACCAAGAGGACAUUUACCCCAUGACCCCAGGGACCGAGCCAGCCCUCACCCCCGACGAGUGGCUGAGCGGGGUGAACAGAGAUCCCAUCCUGAUGUCGCUGAAGGAGGGCUACAAGAGGACAUCCAAGAUUGUCUUCAAGGCACCGGUGAGGGAGAAAAAAAAGGUUAACGGCAUCGACCUGCUGGAGAAUGUGCCGCCCCGGACGGAGAACGAGCUCCUUCGGAUGUUCUUCCGACAGCAGGACGAGAUCCGGCGGCUGAAGGACGAGCUCUCGCAGAAGGACAUACGGAUCCGGCAGCUACAGCUGGAGCUGAAAAACUUACGGAACAACCCGAAGAAUAAUUAA